GUCAGAGAACUUUGAACACUGAGUAGAUAUUCAAUAUGUAGUAAGUAGCAAGAACUGAGAGAAAAAGAGGUUUUCCUGCCUCCCAGUGUUGAACUUUUCCUCUAAGAAGGCUGCCACCCCAGAGCUCUGACUGGCUGCAGGGUCUUUAAAAAGGUUCAACUUCUGAUUAUAUGAAGAUUACAACUGUCUUCACUCCAUCUGACCUGCACAAUUGUCAACAUUUUACUUUCCAAAAGAAAUUUGCAACUAUAAGGAAAGACGUGCGGAAGUUGCUGAGAGCUUCACUUGCCUGGGUCUGCGAGAUGGGAAGGACUUGACAGCUCACCUGUGCCACGAAGGAGGUGGGGCCAGGACAGAAAAUAUCCAAAGUCUAAUGUUGUAAAGAUGUUCUGAUCUUCUGGUGCUGUCUCCGUGGGACUGAGGCAGAUCCAGAGGGCACGACCUGGCUGGAGCUCAGAGCAGAGGUCCCGGGCCAGCCAGGUCCUCAGCUGGAGUCAUGGCAGCAGAAGCCAAUGAAGCAUCCACAGUUACUCCCAGGUCGGAAGCUGAAGGACCCCCAUCAAAGGAGGCCCUCAGCCCUACCCCGCCUGGCCUGACAGAUCUACCUCAGAAGGUGACCCAGCCUGACCUCCCACCUCCAAACUGGCACCGAGAGAAGCCCAGGAAGAGUAGUCGCGUUCUCAAGGAGCUGGGUCUCCCAGAGACACUGCCAUGGCCACAGGUGGUAGGACAGGCCGUCCACGUGGUCAUCGCUCUGGUGUACUUGUUCAUUGGAGGUUACCUGGUGGCUGCCGUCCAGAACCUUCACCUGGUGGUCCAGAAGUGUUGGUAUCCGUUCUGGGGGGCUGCCUCUUUCCUCAUUUCCGGGAUCUUGGCAAUAACAAUGGAGUCGUUUCAGAAAAAUUAUCUGAAGAUGUGCCUCAUAGCAAACUCCAUCAGCUUCAUCUGCGUGCUGGCUGGCCUCUUUGUCAUUGCCAAGGACCUCUUUCUGGAGACUCCGUUUGAGUUCCCUAUCUGGAAACCGUACCCCAAUGAUACUGUCCACAUCCAGAGGCUAGUGCUGGCCCUCCUCUGUGUCACCUGUGUGGAGGUCUUCCUUCCAGGGCUCAUGGCCGUCAUGGCAUACAAGGAUGCCCGCCUGUCUGCAGAGGAGGAUGACCUGUCCCUUGUCCCUGACUCACCAUUGGAGCUCAAGGAGCAGUCAGUGAUGCCUCCACCAUCCUACGAGGACGUCACUCAAGGCGACCUGCAGGACGAGCAGGAGAGGAGUCAGUGAUGGCUGCUCUGGGAGCCUGUCCACAUGGGGCUGUGAGUGGAGCCACAGAAGGUCCCUGAGAACCCAGGGAGGCACCGUUUCCCCUCAACUCAUCCUACCGAGAGGUCUCUGCAAGAACUUGGGUACCUGAAUCCCUGGAUUCCGGGGCAGGGGUAGGGGUGGGAUGGGUGGCAGCAGAGGCACUGAGUCAGACAGAAACUGACCAGCUCUUCCCACCAAACCGUCAAUGUUUCUCCCUGCCCCUCCCUCUCCCCACCCAGGCCUCAGUGUCUCCAUCUGUACAGUAAGGUGGUGGGCAGGUGAGGUGAUCCAGCUGGAAAGCUCUGAAAUCAGAGACAAGUUCAGAAUCUCAGCUGUGACAGGUUAUCGUGAAGUUUCAGCCUCAAAAUUCUGCACCUACUUGGGCUGAGUGAAUGAGGUGGGGGGUGGGAAGAGACCCACCUUUCUCAUUUCCCAAAUUUCAGUCAUCCAGGAACAGUCUUCAUGAGUUUGCUUUACUGUACUGUAUUCCAUUUGUUUCCUUAAAUUGCCUUUUUUUCUCACAUACAAUAAAGUUAGCCAGGUACUUUGUAUCUGCAAUAAACAGGAA